AUGGAUAUGCUGAGCUCUAUGGAUAACAUGGUGCAGGAGGUUGUUGCUCCAGUCAUCCACAAGAUGCAGCCCGCCAGCAUGGCACCCCUCUCCUGUCAGCAGGAGGUGGCCUCGCUUUGUCCCAAGGCAAGAUCUCAGGUUCACUGUCUUGGGCAGAACAGUGGGGCCAUUUCAGACAACUGCAGACGGGAUGUAGGGAAGUCAGUCCCUUUCCUUUGCAGUGGUGCCAUCGACAAGUAUUGUGACAUCCUGAAGGCGGGGAUCUUGGAUUGCCUGCACCAGCACAUGGGCGACGUGGCCGGGGACUGCAAGGACGCCAUCCUUGCCACAAGCAAGGCCAUCACCGCUCUCAACACGGUCAACGCGGCCACACCGGUCCCUCAGGCUUUGCUGGCAAGACCUGUGGUGGCUUCGGGUGGAGGGGCUUCAGCCGACCGGGAGCGAACGCUGGAUUCGAAGCUUGCAGGCCUCACCACGAAGGCCCCAUCGGUGGUCUCGAUGAUAAAAGAAGCCGAAAAGCAGGCAGAGGAUCAGUUGGCCAAAGAUGCCGACAAGAUCGAGUCCUUGCUGUCGCAGAUGUCUGAGAAGAUGGUCCCCAAGCCGAGUGCAGCGUCUCACCUGGUGGGGCACAGCUCUCACAGUUGGAUCCUCAGCAGCGCAAACUUACUUUAG